CGUCACAUGAUCAGCUGAUGACUCCUUCCCCUCUGAUGGAUGCAGGAUUUCCAGCCUUCGCCGCUUCGAAGGGCUCACAGGAAUCCAUACUCUUCAAAAUACAAUAAUCUAACAUACAAUAAUACCACAGUAGCGUUAGAAUUGUUCGCGGGAGAAUCUUUAGAUAGAAAAACUGGCGCUGUUGGUGGAGUGGAUGAUGAACGGGCACGCAAUAUUAUACACCGGGGUCACUUUGGCCUUCUGGUCGACCAUCCUGAUCGUCGGUAUUUGCUAUACGAUUUUUGACCUUGGAUUUCGAUUUGAUGUAGCAUGGUUUUUAACAGAGACUUCUCCAUUUAUGUGGGCUAAUCUUGGAAUUGGCCUGGCCAUCUCUCUGUCUGUUGUUGGAGCUGCAUGGGGAAUUUAUAUCACUGGCUCCAGCAUCAUUGGUGGUGGAGUCAAAGCCCCUAGAAUCAAGACCAAAAAUCUUGUCAGCAUUAUCUUUUGUGAAGCUGUUGCCAUUUAUGGGAUCAUCAUGGCAAUUGUCAUUAGCAAUUUGGCAGAGAACUUCACUGGUACGACUCCAGAGACUAUUGGGCCGAAGAACUACCAAGCAGGCUACUCCAUGUUUGGCGCUGGACUCACUGUUGGCUUUUCAAACCUCUUCUGCGGAAUCUGUGUUGGCAUUGUGGGCAGUGGAGCUGCCCUGGCUGAUGCUCAGAAUGCCAGCCUCUUUGUCAAGAUCCUCAUUGUUGAAAUUUUCGGCAGUGCCAUUGGACUGUUUGGGGUGAUCGUAGCCAUUUUGCAGACAUCGAAAGUAAAAAUGGGAGAUUAGAUGACUACACAAACUACAGAUCAAAGAUGCUGUGUUGCUGGUGCAAACAGGAGGUGUAAAUACAUAGUAAAUUAUUUAAAUGUAUUUUCCUUUGUGUCUGUUUUUAACCAUCGUUUUCUGAAGAUUGAAAUAUUGUUUGUGCACCAAUUUGUCUUAAAAGAGUGCAUGAUGAUGUCAAAGGCAGACCUUUGACGACUUUCACACUUAGUUUGGCAUCUCAUAAUUCUGAAAAUAUCACUUAAUGUUUUUGGCCAUACCUCCAUGAUGUCAUAGUAUCAAAUUUAAAUGAUAGAAUUGUAUUUUUUUUUUUUUUAAAUCAAAAGGUAUUUUAUUUAUUAAAAUAGCCUAAUAAUAUAAACAGUGAUCCUGCAUAUGAUAAGAGAGCAGGCUGUCUAUAGACCCAAUGCUGGGGUCUGUUUUGAGAUAUAGGGUGUUAUGUUUGUAAUCAUCUCAAAUUCCAAUAUAUAGUUCGCUGUGAUUGUUGUACAGUACAAGAAAAGUGAUAAAUUGCAUUAGUUGGAUGGGUGUAAAUCGUAAAGUAUUCUCUUGAUCGCUGUAUGCAAGAAUGUUCUUGUAUUUGCGUGAUGACGCCUGGUGUAUCCGGUGUGCUUGACCUGAUCUCACUCUCACGUGUUGUGUUCUUUCAUGUAGCUACUGAAUUCAAGUAAACGCUAUCUUUGAGAAAACAGUUAUACCAAAACUAUGAUGUUAAAAAAAAAAUAAUAAUACCAGUCAUCUCCAACCGUAUUUCUACCAGUGUAGGCCCUCACCUUGUAGGGCUCUCUUCAGAUCUGGUUGGUUAAAACUGAGAGGAUAUAAUAAUCUAAUGUGUGUACAUAUUAAAAGCAGUUUUUUUUGUUUUUUUUUUGUGAAGCAUGAGGGUGUUUGCCAUUCCGUAUUUCCUACUUGUCUUGUGAUUUGUUUACUUUUUUUCUUUUUUUUGUGAAGCAAGAAGUGGUCUUUAUCUCCAAGGACACUGUGGUGGAAGCUUGUUUCCACCUCUGAUUUUAAAAAAAAUGUGACUUUAUUUCACAAUUCAGACUUUUUUCCUCAUUCUGAGAACAGAAGUCAAAGUUGAGUUUACAUCUUGCAAUUCUGAUUUUUUUUUUUCCUUCUCAGAAUUGAGUUAACAUCUCACAGUUCUUGUUAGAAGGUAAUUGUGACUUUUUAAUCUCACAAUUUUUACCUUUUUUCUUCCAAAUGCAAGUUUAUACCUUGCAGUUCCGAGUUUAUAUCUAGCAAUUGUGACUUGUUCUUUAAAAAAAGUUGUGAGAGAUGAAACAAGAGAACUUGUAUAUGAAAUAUGUGUAUAUUUUUUUUAACCCAUGGUGGAAACAAGCUUCCAUUGGUUUCUGUAAACUCUGUGAACAAUAUGUAAUAUUUUUUUUUGCUGUUUACAUCAGUUAAUCCUGAAAAUGAUCAUCUAAAAGCAAGUUCAUAACAGAACAACACUGCAAACAGAUGUGAAAAGUGGAGUUUAAUUGGCCACAGACCUUAGAUGCCAUAUUUAAACAUGAAUAAAAACGAGGCUGUAGAUUUUACUUGAUUUAAAGAGUUUUUGUCCACUUUAAUGUUUUCAUUAAGAUGCAUUUUUGGUGUUGCAUCAGCUGAAAUAUUUAAAGGUACAACCCAUUUAUCCUUCACAGCCUCAUUUUCAUUCUUGUAUAAUUAAAUAUGGUGUUUUCCUUUCACUGAGGUUAUCUACCAAAUCUAACAGUACUCAGUCUGAACCACUGUUUAGAGCCAAACUUGUAAGAUCAGUUGGCCUUUCAGCUCUACUGAAAUGCUUUAUCUAUCCAUGAUGUUUUUUGUGAAGUGGAGGUACAUGCUUAACAUGAUUUUACUAACUCCUGAAUGUCCCAAAUCAACUUCUGUUAAAUGUUUGUUUAUAUUAUAAUGAUCAGUCAAAUCACAUGCUCCAUCUGUAAAGCACUAUGAUCUUGUGAAUCAUUUCCAGUCCAGUGACCAAGAUCAUUAUUUUCUCGCAAUGGAUUUGUGGAGAGAUGCAUUCAUUUGAUUUAUUUUUUUUCUUUUUUACAUGGAUAAGUGUUUAUUUUAAAACAUUACGACUUAGACCUGGUUGUAAUCAAGCCACUCCUGAUGGAUCACGCUGCGGGGCUGCUUUAAGUCUCAUUAUUGUGGAGCUUCCAGGACUUGGAUUGGCUGUUUGUGGUUUUGUGGUUCGGGAGUUGUGCAGUAAAGAUGACCUCUUAACCAUUUCUCCUGUUUCAGUGAUUGUUAAAUAUGUUAAUGUGGUGAUUCCAUUGUUUUGUUGUGUACAAGUGGAUCCUCUAGACUUCAUAAUUGUCCUUGAAGAAAUAAAAAGAAAUGUGAAAAACGG